CAAGUACGCUUUAGUCUUCUUCCUCUCUCACCAAUAAUUCUCCCUAAAUCUGAGCCUACGCAAUUCUCAGCUUCGAGAAGAGCCACACAACUUUUCCCUUUGACGAAACCCUAGAUUUUCUCACCCAACGAUCACUUUUCCGAGAAAAUUUCCAGCUCCAACCUCAAAUUUCCUGUACACAAGUCCAAACAAAGUCCAAUUCACCCCUUGCUUUCCUACGCCGGCCCUAGAUCCCCACCUAUUUCAGCGAAUUUUCGAUCCGAUUCUCGUGGCUCGAGGAUGGGAAAGGUUCUCAGAGAAAGCCUCAAUUCGAGGCCCGCUUUUCCUUGUUCCUCGUCGUCUUCGUCUCCUUCGCCUUCGACCACGACGUCGACGUCGGUAACGGAGACCGUGAACGGCUCGCACCACUUCAAGAUCACGGGGUAUUCGCUGCUGAAAGGGAUGGGGAUCGGGAAGUACGUGGCGUCGGAUACGUUCGUCGUCGGCGGGUACACGUGGGCGAUCUAUUUUUAUCCCGACGGGAAGAGCGUGGAGGACAAUGCGGCGUACGUGUCUCUCUUCAUCGCGCUGGCCAGCGAAGGGACCGACGUGAGGGCGCUCUUCGAGUUGACGCUCUUGGACCAGAGCGGCAAGGAGAGGCACAAGGUGCACACCCACUUCGGGAGGACCCCGGAUAGCGGACCCUACACGCUCAAAUAUCGCGGUAGCAUGUGGGGUUACAAGAGGUUUUUCAAAAGAACUCUUCUAGAGACAUCAGACUACCUCAAAGAUGAUUGCCUUUCUGUUCAUUGUAGUGUUGGUGUUGUGAGAUCAUACACAGAGGGGCCUAAGAUCUACUCUAUAACACCACCACCGUCUAACAUAGGUCAGCAUUUUGGGAGGCUGCUGGAAAGUGGAAAGGGAACGGAUGUGAAUUUCGAAGUUGAUGGGGAAACUUUUGCUGCUCAUAAGUUGGUCCUUGCAGCUCGCUCACCAGUAUUUAGAGCCCAACUUAUUGGUCCAAUGAGGGAUCAAAAUACCCAGUGUAUAAAAGUUGAAGAUAUGGAGACUCCUGUUUUUAAGGCAUUGCUUCAUUUUAUAUACUGGGACUCUCUACCAGACAUGCAAGAGCUUACUGGUUUGAGCACAAAAUGGGCUUCUACUUUGAUGGCUCAGCAUUUGCUUGCAGCUGCAGAUCGGUAUUGCCUUGAAAGACUCAGGGUACUAUGCGAGGCCACUCUCUGUGAUGGCGUUGCCAUAAACACAGUAGCAACAACACUAGCUUUGGCAGAGCAGCAUCACUGUUUCCAGCUGAAAGCUGUGUGUCUCAAAUUUAUCGCAUUGCCUGAAAAUCUGAGAGCUGUGAUGCAGACAGAUGGUUUUGAAUACUUAAAGGAGAGCUGCCCCGCUGUCCUGACUGAGCUCUUGGAGUAUGUGGCUAGAGUUAAUGAACACUCUGUCAUUGCAUGCAGGCAUGGAAAUGAAGUUAUCCUAGACGGCAGCGACAUCAACGGUAGGCGGUUGUUCUUCUCGUACUUCAAAGACUUGGUGGGGCGAGAAGUGACGGUGGAGCUGAAGAACGACCUUGCAAUCAGGGGGACUCUGCACUCCGUUGACCAAUACCUCAACAUUAAGCUUGAGAACACUCGGGUUGUCGAUCAGGACAAGUACCCCCACAUGCUUUCAGUGAGGAACUGUUUCAUCAGGGGGUCAGUGGUGAGAUACGUUCAACUACCUCCAGAGGGAGUCGACAUUGAGCUGCUUCAUGAUGCCACAAGAAGAGAAGCUCGGGGUGGUUGAAUAAUGAUUUGUCUGUAUCCUAUGAACACUUGAUUCAAGGUACUCAUGGUUGAAACUAUUUGUUGAAGCAAAUGAUGCAUUGUAUGUGAUUUAUGCUUAAGCAAGUUUAGUGCUUUUUGCCUA